UCUACAAGAUGCCUAACGAUAUAUGACUCCUAAUUUUGUGAGCUUACAAGUCAUGAUAGUUGGAGUGGUAUUGAUGGAAUGAUUGUAGAUUUACAUUCUAUCUAAUUAGUUGACGAGAAGUAUCUAUAUGCUGCUAUUUCCUUUGUGAAAUCUCAUACAAUUUUCUGUAAUAUAUCGCAUAAGUAAUUAAUAUUAAGUCAUGCCUGCUUAUAUGCAGAUUCUUGAAAUGGACACUUACAGAUAUCACGGACAUUCCAUGUCUGAUCCUGGAAGCACCUAUCGAACCCGUGAUGAAAUUUCUGGUGUUAGACAGGAGCGUGAUCCAAUUGAAAGAAUUAGGAAACUAAUAUUGUCUCAUGACCUAGCUAGUGAGAAAGAGUUGAAGGUCAUUGAGAAGGAAGUAAGGAAAGAGGUAGACGAUGCAAUUGCUCAAACUAAGGAGUUAGUUCAGUCUGUUAUAACUGCUAAGUCAGCUGAGCAGUGCAAGCUUGCAUAUAUAUAG